AUGCUGGUGGGCGUGGCUGCUUUCCUCGGCGUCGUCGCCUUCGCGCAGCACACGGCAAAGGAGCGCGUGGACGACAUGAUGAAGCGCAGCCAGAAGGUGGUCGGCAAGGCGGCGGUGGGGGGCCCCUUCGCACUCACGGACCAGGAUGGCCAGCCAUUCACGCACCUCAACCUGCUCGGCCACUGGAACGUCCUCUACUUCGGGUUCACCUUCUGCCCCGACAUCUGCCCUGACGAGCUGGAGAAGCUAGCGGAAGCUAUCGACAUCGUGGAGCGCGACGCCGGCGAGAAGCUGCAGCCGGUGUUCAUCACGAUCGACCCGGAGCGGGACAGCCCGCAGAAGGUCAAGGCGUACGUGCGCGAGUUCCACCCGCGCCUGAUCGGCCUCACAGGCACCCCAGAGGCCAUCAAGGCAGUCAGCAAGGCCUACAGGGUGUACUUCCACAAGACCACGGAUGACCCAGACGACUACCUCGUAGAUCACUCAAUAAUCACCUACCUUAUAGACCCCAACGGCGACUUUGUCACGUUUUACGGAAAGAACUUUGACGCCCCCGGCUUGGCGGCGAGCAUAGGGCAGCACAUACGCGAGUUUGCAGCCGAAGAGGCGGGGACGGGUGGCAACGGGGCGGGCAAGGGGGAGGCGGGCAGCCAGGAGGGGCGGGCUCAGCGCUGA